AUGGCUCUCUUUACUCGGACUCUUUGCACAAGCAGUAUACGCCAUUUGUCUCUUUUCACCCGCCCUCUGCUCUCCACUUCUCAUCGUACGUUUAUCUCUUCCGCUAUACCGCCUACAACUUACGAAGCUGACAAAGACUACUGGCUGCUAAAAUCUACUCUCGAUGAUAUACGUGCCAAGUAUGGCCUCUCUGGCGGUUCUCGUAUCAAAGACCACAACCUCGAUGCCCAUUCUGAUCUCGAAAUCGAUAUCACACCUCCCGCCGAUGUUAAGAAAUUGGCUCAGAUUAACAAUUUGCUCGAGACGGCGUCAAAAGAUUUCCAGUGGUUUAUCUCAGAGACCGAAAACAAUAACAGGGUGAACAAGAAAGUAUGGCUGGCGGAGGAUGACGAUAUGAGUGGGAAUAUGGAUGAAGCCAUUAAAGCGUAUAGGGAGAGUACAGUAAUGGCAAAUAGUGCGCUUCACGUGUACGAUUUGGAAGAGUCGAUUGAGCAGAAACCUCCUGGAUUCCAACAUGUUCAUUAG